AAUUUUCAACCUGGGAAUGUAUGCAUUGCUGGCGACAGCCAGAAAUAGUCAAUGUGACUUGAAAGAAGUAUAUAAAGAUGCAUCACCUUCUGCCAAGGAGCUGUGAUUUUAGAAGAGCCACCCUCAUUCACCUUAGCACAACAUUGCUUCACUUUCGUUAUAAUACUAGUCACUCGUUCUAUUACUAGAAAAUCUUUACGAUAUAACCAUUUACAAUCAAAAUGUACGCUCUCAUCACUGCCGCUCUCACUCUUGUAGGCGCUGCCGUUGCCGCCCCAGCAGCCCUCCAAGAGCAACCCGCCCACUUCCGCCUCCACGCGACAGGCGAACUUGCAGGAUGGGCUAUCGUCAACUCCCACACCGCUGCCGGCACCAACACCAUCCAAAUCCAGCGCCCCACUGCUUAUGUCUCGGAUAUUGCUUACGUGAACGGCACCAACCUCUACUUUGAUCUACCCGGUGCUCCUACCCCGUACGGUGUCGCCAUGCCUGGUUUGACCAAGGGUACUGUCGGUCAGGUCUUCUCUAAACCCGGAGAGAUGAGCGUUGGAUUUGCUGUCAACCCGAGCUUGCUCCUUACCUACAACUCUAACACUCAAGGUUUCUACGCUUGCUCUAUCAAUGGAGUGUACGAGCUCUUCUAUGGCUUGAACCCCGAGGCGGCUAACCUCCCGGGUAAGUGCGUCCAGACUGAGUUGCAGGUCAGCGCCCCUUAAGUGGUCGUAAGUGGUGUUAUACGAGAUAUACCGAGAUCGAGGCAACUUCAUAACGGGAAUUGACAAGACUGUCUUGGGAUUUGGACAUACUUGAGUUCUCUAUACUUUGAUUCGUAAUUAAUGCACUUAUAUCAUUACA